CACGCCACCAACCUUACUACCUUGCAUCCAUCCUACCAUCCUACCCUCACACUCUCACACCUAUCUAUCUCACCUCAACACAACACCCAUCCCGAAUAGCCACUACAGUCAGCAGUCAAAAUGGCCGACCCCAACAAAGGCACUAAGAUCACUCUCUACUGGCUCUCGGAAUCCCGCUCGCACCGCAUCCUCUGGCUCCUGGAAGCCCUCCACUUAACCUACGAACUGAAGAUCUACCACCGCGGCCCUGACAAGCUCGCGCCCCGCGAGCUGAAAGAAAUCCACCCGCUCGGAAAAUCCCCCCUGCUGGGCGUCCAGCGCGCCAACUCCGACGGCAAGCCCACCAUCCUCGCCGAGUCCGGUGUUAUCAUCGAGUACCUGCUCGACCAUUUCGGGGACAAUGCGGACAAGCCGCUCGUUCCGGCUCGAUACAAGGCCGGGCAGGAAGGACAGGUGGGCGAGGAGACGGAAGAGUGGAUGCGGUAUCGGUACUACAUGCACUAUGCGGAGGGAAGUCUGAUGCCGUUUUUGGUGAUGCAGUUGGUUAUGGAUACUGUCAAAAACCCCCCUGAUGUGCCGUUCUUCGUCAAACCGAUCCCGCGCAUGGUCGCGUCGCAGGUCGAAAAGGCUUUCUUGACUCGCAACAUCGAGGCCAAUCUGCAGUUUUUGGAGGAUCAGCUGAAGACGAGCCCCAACGGAGGUCCCUAUAUUUGUGGCAGUGAGCUGAGCGGUGCGGAUAUCAUGAUGAGCUUCCCAGUCAUCGCCAUGUCGGGGCGGGUGGACCUCAACACGUUUCCGCUGCUCGCUAAGUAUGCGGACAAGUUGCAGCAGGAGGAGGGGUACAAGAGUGCCGUGAGGAAGAUUGAGGAGGUGGAUGGGAAGUUCCAGGCUUCUUUGUAGAUGGUUUGAAUGAUUGGUUGGCUCAGAGGAUGAUGGGUAGAUGGUUUAUGCGCAACGCUAUAUAAUGGUAAUGUUUGCUGGAAUUAUGUAUGUUAUCCUGUAGUUGGAAUGGGGUAUACUAUAGGGUAUCGAUUGCUGUUAGUUUCUCCG